AUGUCUGAUCAAAGUAUUCCUGAAAUGAUACGCCUUGCAAGUAACAAUGAGAAACGUCAUAUUAUGCGUCACGCACUUGGCUUCUACCGCGCAUUGAUCAUAAGUGGCCUUUACACACUACACGACACAGACCCAUUCGACGCAAGCAACCUCGGCAACUUCAUCCCUGCUUUGAAAUACUGCAUCGCGACUCAUCCUAUCUUGAGUGCUGCCAUCCACGGGGAGGACACCGAGAAUCCGCAUUUUGUUCGACCUGCAUACAUCAACCUCGAAAAACAUAUCCAUCUCGUUGAUAGCGCCUCUCCUACUGGAUCAUACCCACUCAAGGAUGAUCUGGAGUUCCUCACUCGACUUAAUCGGGAGAUACAUGAUCAGCCUUUUCCCAACGUGGACCUGUCUCCGCCAUGGAAAAUUGUCAUUUGCCCCCUAGCCAAUGAACCAAGCACGGGAGCCCAACAAAUGUACAUUAUAUUUGCAUACUCCCACUCCCACGGCGAUGGAAAGUCAGGUCUGGCUUUCCAUAACACUUUCCUUCAAGGGCUCCAAACUGCGCAUGAAAUGUACGAUCAAAGCCCUGUCUAUCAGGCUCCUGUAUCGCCCAUUCCGCUGCCAUUAGAGCAGGCAUGCAACUUGAAAAUCACCUGGUCAUACCUAUUUCUCAAUCUUCUGGACAGCUACAUGCCGACUUCUGCAUGGAGAUUACUUGGUUUUCCACCCCCGGCAACCACUCAUACUUGGACUGGGAAAGAAAUGUGCUACGAUCCAUCGAAUUUCCACACUGGCUCCGAGGCUCUAUUAGUCAAUAAGUCUCUACUAGACGCCACCUUGAAGGCCUGCAGAAAGCACGAAGUGAGAUUCACCGGGUUCUUCAACCAGGUCGUUUUGCGUGUUCUGGACACCGUUCUACCACCAGAUGCCAACCAGACCUUCCUCGGUCAAAUUGUCGUUGAUCUCAGACCACUAAUUCCUGCCUACACUGAGAACGAAAUGGUCAACUGUGUUUCGGCGCUUUACGAUUCCUCUUCUAGAUCCCAUCAGACCCCAGGGGAGAGGACUAGUCUGAAGCACGACGCCGCAUUUUGGGGCGCUGCACAGAAGACCACGCUCCGAUUGGCUGAAUGCGCAGGUACCCUUGUUGAUCAACCAAUAGGGCUUCUACGGUACCUUAAUCAGUUCCGACCCUGGUUUCAUGGAAAAUUGGGGAAGAAUCGUGAAUCAUCUUACGAGAUUAGCAAUGCUGUUGUUUUUGAUCCGCAGAUUUCUGAUGUGGAUACGAUUUCACCUGCCGCACGCAGGAACUGGGAUAUUGAGAGGGUCUUGUUUUCACAGCCGGCAAAUGUCACAGGGAGUGCGUUGAAUUUUCAGAUUGUGACUAGGAAAGGUGGCGGUAUGGUGAUAACUUUGAAUUGGCAACUUGGGGUCUUGGACGUUCCUGAUGAGAAUGAAUUUGUUCGGGAUUUCCUUGAGAGGAUUCAUGGUCUAUUAACUAUUACUUGCUGUGAUUGUCCUGAGGAUUGUGUUGACUGCAGCCAAAAUGCUUGA